AUGGCGCAGGUACCGAUGCAGACGAUCCAUAGGGAUCCCCAGUUAUUCUACUGGAUCCUGUUUCCCAUCACCAUUGUCAUGAUUCUUACAGGAAUGCUUCGGCAUUACGCGACUGUUCUAAUGGCCUCGGACCCCAAGAAGCUCGACCAAAAGGCGAUGCGCGAGCAACGGGCGCUUCUUCACGGCAUGAACCUGCGCGCUAACUAUCACGUCCUCUCCAAGCCCUCGUUCACCGCUCGCCGAGACGCCCUCAUCACGGCCUUUGAGUCGGGCGCCUAUCUCAAGGACCCGGACAGCCGCGGCCAGCCGCCUCCGAACCCGAUGAGCGACCCCAACGCCAUGGAGGGCAUGAUGGGCAUGAUGAAGAACCAGAUGGCCAUGAUUAUACCUAAUACACUUAUCAUGAGCUGGAUCAAUGCCUUUUUCAGCGGCUAUGUGAUUAUGAAACUACCCUUCCCCCUUACCAUCAAGUUCAAGAGCAUGCUGCAGGCUGGCGUGGCGACCCGUGACAUGGAUCCGCGGUGGAUGUCGAGCAUCAGCUGGUACUUUCUCUGCAUUUUUGGCCUGCAGUCCGUCUUCAAUUUCCUGCUUGGUAGCGAGAACGCCGCGAACCAAAUGGCGCAGCAGAUGAACCAAAUAGGCCCCCAAGCAGGCCAGAUGUUUGGCCCCGGCGUUGACCCCAACAAGCAGUUCCUCGCCGAAGCCGAAAAUCUGGCGGUUAUCGAACACCAUUCCGUCCUGGACGGCGUCGAGCAGCGCCUUUUGGAAGGCAUCAAAAUGUAG